AUGGCACAAAAACCACUUAAUUCUAAAAAAACAUUAGCAAUUAACAAAAAGAAAAAUGAUCGAAAGAAUAUUAAAAGCAAUGAUUUAAGAAAAGGAUCUAAAGUAAUUGCACCAAAGAAACAAUCUUUAAUAAAACAAAGAAAACUGCAAAAGUUUGAUUUAAGAAGAUUAUGUAAAGUUUUAGAUGCAAAUGCAUUGGCCAGAUUAGGUGUUCCUACACCAGAAGAGAUGGGUUAUUGUGACAUUGUAGAAACUGUUGAAAUUGGUGGUGAUAGAGUCACCGUUUUUAGACAAGAAAAUGAAACAACUAAAACAGCUACAAUAAUUAUUCGUGGAGCUACACAAAAUCAUUUGGAUGAUAUUGAGAGAGCUAUUGAUGGCGGUAUUAAUAUAGUUAAAGCCAUUGGCAGAGAUAAUCGUUUAGUUCCUGGUGCUGGCGCAACUGAAAUGGAAUUGCUUAAACAAUUAGUCACAUUUGAAAUUUUUCCAAGAACAAUAGCAGAAAAUUCUGGAUUAGAUGCUACAAAAGUUUUAGCAAAACUUUAUUCCAUUCAUUAUAAUGCUGAUAUUGCUGCUGGUACUACUACCACUAAGAUAACAAAAGGAAGUGAUACAACAAUAGAUGAUGUUGAAGGUUGUAAAGACGAAUCACAAGAUGCUAAAAAUUAUAAUCGAUUGAUAGGUGUAGACAUUGAAAAUGAAGAAGAUGGUGGAGGAUUUCAACAUAAACAUGCAAUGUAUUUCAGGUUUAAAUACAUAUACCUUAAUAAUAAAUAA